GCUGCUGCUGCGGCUGAAGAUGUGUGUACAGCUCCCGGACAGAGCAACCCCUACACUCCCCACUCCGGCUUUCUCAACCUCCCUCUACAAAUGUUUGAGCUGGUCCAUUUCAGUGCCUACAAGGAGAAGUGCAUCAGUCUGUACUGCCGCAUGUCAUCUGUCUUGGACCUGGAUGCACUUAUUACCCAGCAGGCACUGCGAGAGGCCAUAAUGGACACAGAGGUUGCCACUGCCAAACAGAGACACCAACAUAUACUGGACUAUAUACAGCAGCUGGAUGAGAUGUGGCGGGAGCUGCGUUGGAUCACUGAUGCCCUGCAGUGUGCCCGCUACAAGCAGCCCCGUGGCGGUGUUCCCAUCACCAGCCUGGUCAAUGCCAGCGAGCCUGAGUCAGACCAGGGGGCACAGAAGAGUGACUCAGCAUCCUCUACCAUGGACUACCUACCCACACCAUCACCAUCACCUGAGCUACGGCGCAGGAAGGAUGUUAGUGACUCCCAGCUGGGGUCAGAUGAUGACGGUUGUUCAGAGGUGUUCCUGCCGACAGACAGUGACUACGACUCCAGCGAAGCCUUGUCCCCACGCGAGCUGGACCUGCUCUACUCCCCCCCACAGGACCUAUCCCAGCAGGCCGUGCACGCCCUGGGAGGUAGCGCUCCCGACGUACUACAGAUACACGAGCUCAGAUACAGCAUCUGCCAGCCCAAAGACCUCGCUCUCUCCCCUCUCUCCCCCGCCUUCCCCCUCCCCAAGGCCCAAUCCUCUCCCCCGCCCCACCCCCUCACCUGCCCCCAUCUUCCCUGAGAC